AUGCCUGAACACUUGAAGUUCGUAGAUCAACCGUCUCCGUCCUCGUCGUCGUUUUCACCGCCCUACUCGCCGCCCUACUCUGCUCGAUUCCGGCAUUCGAUCCACGAAAUACCUACUCCUGGGGAGGUGGUGGCUCGACCAAAGCGUUAUGAACCUUGGACCAUCAACCUGUGGGUAGUCGGGGGCGUGACAGCCGUCAUGUUCGCCUUGGCUGCAACACUGGAGAUCCUGCUCUAUUUCUCGAACAGAAAUAACGGGUUUCACAUACCGCAAGAUGACCCAUUCGAGUUUGCAUCCACCCAGGUCCUUGCAUCCUUCUUUCCGACGCUAUUAGUGGCACCGCUCGCGUUUUAUUGGACCGUGGCGGACUCGAUGGUGAGGUGGUACCAGCCCUACAUCAUGUUGUCCGAGGGAAGUGCGUCUGCUUCUAACAGCGUACUACUGGACUAUGUCACACUGAACCGAUUAAUGAUUCUUUGGACGUCUCUUAAUAAGAGACACUGGAUCAUCUGUAUUUCUACGAUCCUGAGCUGUACUGUUGUCUUCCUGCAACCGCUUGCAGGCUCCGUGUUUACAGUCAAGCAGGUUCCCCACAGCGUUGCAAUCAACGCGACGAGCGUCUCCAAGGUUGGACUACUGUGGGAUCUGCCGCAGCUUUGGGCUUAUAUUUCAUCGGCCGGGUAUGCAGAUGCUGCCGUGUACAACAACCUAACGGAUCCCCCGUUUGUUCGUGCGAGUUGGACGGCGGCAGAAUUCAGCUGGUCUUCGUAUGAAGUGAUCAACGCUACUCUGACCGUGAAUACGACUGGCUUAGAGACCUCGGUCAACUGUGUGCCUGCGACAUACAUCUCCCUCAACUAUUCAUCAUCUGGGCUGUCUACGUUGACUGCAUCACUAGACGGAUGCUCCGGGCCCACUCAAGUCAACUUCAAUGCUUCGGACGCUACGAACCAGUACGGCACCAUCAAUGCCUCGGCGUGUCUGUCGUCGGGCGAAGACAUACCCGUGCACUUUCAGCCCGUCCUGUUUUGGUGGUAUUAUCCGUAUCAGCCCAAUGACACGCUUACCGCCGCCGUGUUUUGUCACCCGACAAUGGAAUUCUACGAUAUUCAGGCCGUACAGAAUCUGAACGAUGGCUCACUCCAACCAGUUCAAGUGCUAGGUCCGUACUCAGGUUCCGAUAAUGUGACUGGAGCGCCGUUGUAUGGACGAGCGUGGAAUGGGGUGGUGUUUGACCCCAGCGACGAUGCCAUCGUCAACGCCCGUGCGACAUCCAUCGGAACUGAGAUCCCAGGAACAAUCUUUCGGUAUGGGAUGCAACUGAACGGCGGUGUUGUGACCCUCUUCCAGGGUGCAAGUGGUGGGUUUAUUAACGUUACAAAGAAUGUCUACACGCAGCACCUCGCGCUGGCCUCGAAGUCGACGUACUUAAUUAAAGAAUCGUCCACUAUUCCAGGGGAGCUUACUUCAUUUGUGUCUCGUCUCUUUCUUGACUCAUGCUCAUCUCACGCACUCGUCGCAUUCCUUCUGGCUAUUGGUUCCAUAGGCUUAUUGUUGCACUGGACGCACGCUCGCGCUCGAAGCCAACUCCACCUUACCGCUUCCCCGGGGUCGAUUGGCGCAGCCGCUGCACUGGUUUCUCGGUCUGGUUUCGGAGAACUUCUACUCCCUUACGACAACGAAAAGCGCAUGGAAGAGAAGCUCACUGGCCUGGAGUUCGGCAUCGAUAGCAGGACCGGUGCGAUUAUGGCUAUAGAGAACGAUGCGAGUCUUGGGUACCAGCAUGAAGACGAGGGACCUGACGGUGACAUGCUCCUCGGGAUAUACAAGCCAGCGCCAAGUGGGAUAGGUGUGGCUUUGGCACCAUCAGCGUCGCCAAUGUACAAGUCGUUCAGCGAUACACAGGAGAUAGUAUAG